UAGGCGCUUUUAAUUAUCGUUUUUAAUCCGUAAUCAAUUAAUCGUUUAAUUCUUAAUUGCUUCUUAGUCUAAUCAGUGUUUGUUUAAUUUUAGUUCCGCUGUUUUUAAUCAAAAAUCCAACUACUCUUUGCUUUCCGAAUUGAAAAUCAAAGUCAAUUUCAUUCACUUUAAACCCCUUGUCUUCGUGGGAUCGACAUCCGACUUCCGGAUUACUACGAGUUGGCAUUAUUGCGUGAGCAUUUUUGUCAACAAGUUUUUGGCGCCGUUGCCGGGGACUAGGUUGCGUUUAAUUGAUUGAAAGUAUUUUGAAAUUCGGUCGAGUUAGCGUUAAUUUCUGUUUUUACUUUUAUUGUUCGUUCUUGCGUUUUCGCGAUUUACGCUCGGUUCUCUUGUCGUUGUUUGUGUAGGAAUUUACCCUUUGUGUAUGCAUAAUACACGGCGUGCUAAUUUCCCGCUAGAACCUUUUCAAGAGGAUCUCGGUAGUUACGAAAGAGGCGUGAGAAGAAGAGCCCGGAUUCCUUUAGUUAUGGAGGGUGACGGACAUGGUUAUGAGGUAGAGGAAGGAUUCAAUCCUCUAGUGGAUGACGGGGAACAACAAUAUCCACCCCCUCCUCCACUUGAGAAUGUGAAUCAACAAAGGCAACAAGAGCGACCAAGGGAGGUUCGCCCUCGAGUGCAACCGCAAGUGCAAAAUCAACCGAGGCAAACUUUGGGCGAGUUCUUCUUGCCGGAUGUGGAUAAUGCCACGUUUGGAUGUUUUGCUAUGCCGGUUCAAGCGGCAACUUUUGAGAUCAAGCCGAGUACUAUCCAACUCUUGGAGAACCGUUGUGCUUUCUUUGGGUUGAAGCAUGAGGACCCAAAUGCCCAUAUAGCCAAGUUCUUGGGGGUCCUUAACACGUUCAAGCUUCAUGGGAUAACCGCGGACCAAAUCAAGCUCCGGAUGUUCCCUUUUUCUUUGAGGGAUAAGGCUAGUUUGUGGCUUCAAUCUCUACCCAAUGAAUCGAUCCAUACUUGGAGGGAGUUGGCUCAAGCUUUCCUUAACAAGUACUUUCCACAUGGCAAGACAACGAAGCUAACCAAAGACAUUCUUGAGUUUGUGCAAUUCGACGGGGAGUCGCUCUAUGAAGCUUGGGAGCGUUUUAAGGAUUUACAAAGGAGUGUUCCCCAUCAUAAGCUUAACAAGGAGCAUGUGAUUCAGAUUUUCUAUGAUGCAACGAAUGUCACCACUAGAGCGACUAUUGAUGCGGCUUCGGGGGGGUCUUUGAUGCAAAAGACGUAUGAAGAGGCUCUUGAGUUGGUAGAAAAGUUGGCCAUGGUUAGUAGCACAUGGGGGCCCACGGAAAGAAGGGCACCGGCUAGUCAAAAGUCGGUAAUGACGCUUGACCAAGUUAGAGAGAUGGAGGCUAUCAAGGAAAAAAAUGCUUCACUCCAAGCACAAUUGGAUGCUUUGAAAAAACAAGUUGCGCCUAGAAAUGCUCCGGUGGCUUAUGUUCAAGUCGGAUGUGAGUUUUGUGGUGAUUUCAACCAUUCGGGGGGAGAAUGUCUAGUUACGGGGCAAGCUUUGAGUGAGCAAGUAAACUAUGUCGGGGGUCAAAGACAAGCAAAUGAUCCUUAUUCCAACACCUACAAUCCCGGGUGGAGGAAUCAUCCAAACUUCGGGUGGAGAAAUCAAGAGGGGCAAGGCAAUGCUCAAGGGUCAAAUCAAGCGGGUUCAAGCUUCCAAAGCAAUAAUAGGCCUCCACAACAACAAGGUCACUAUCAAGGAAACCCAAACCAUGGGAACAAUUACGGUGGAAGACCACAACAUCCUCCCGGUUUUCAACAACCACGGAAUACGGAUGAGGGAAAUGUGCUUGCCAAGGUGCUUGAGAAAUUAGAGAAAAUGGAGCAAAGGGAGAAGAACCAAGCUUCCACUAUUCACCAUUUGGAAACUCAAAUUUCUCAAAUGGCUAUCUCACUUCAAGGUAGAACUCAAGGAGGGUUGCCAUCCACGACGGAAAAUAAUCCUAGAGAACAUGUUAAGGCGGUAGAGCUCCGAAGUGGGAGAAACCUUGAGAAAGCAAAUGGGAAGAAGCAUGUUGUGGAGGAAGAUGAACCCCAAAUUGUGAUUGAUAUAGCAAGCUCAAGCCAAGAAAUACCAAAGGAGCGUGAGGAGGUGGCUAUUGAGGUGGAAGAGCCUUAUGUGAGACCGCCACCGCCACCACCGUUUGUACCACCGGUUCCAUUUCCAAGCCGGUUAAGGAAAGCUCAAGGGAACGAAAAGUUUCAUAAGUUCCUUGAGAUUUUCAAGAAAUUGCAAAUUAACCUUAGCUUGGCGGAUGCACUCCGGGAGAUGCCGCAAUAUGCCAAAUUCUUGAAGGAUAUCAUUACCAACAAACGGAGUUGGGAUAGUGGUGCAACGGUUCCCAUUCCGGAAGUUUGUAGCUCAAUCAUUUUGAAUGAUUUACCGGCUAAGUUGAAGGACCCAGGGAGUUUUUCUAUACCUUGCACUAUUGGCACUAUGAGUUCUAUAAAUUGCUUAUGUGAUCUUGGUGCUAGCAUUAAUCUUAUGCCUCUAACUCUUUUCAGGGAAUUAUGUGGAGAUCAAACCGUGAAGAGCACCUCGAUGGUACUCCAACUAGCGGAUCAUUCAUUGAAGAGGCCGUAUGGGAUUGUUGAGGAUGUGCUUGUGAAAGUGGAUAAGUUCAUAUUCCCGGUUGAUUUUGUGAUCUUGGAUUAUGCGGUGGAUAAGGACUGCCCAAUGAUCUUAGGGCGGCCCUUUAUGAACACCGGGAGAGCUUUGAUUGAUGUGCAUGGAGGAAAAUUGACCUUGCGAAUCGAUGAGGAAACGGUUGAGUUCGAUAUGAAGAAAGCAAUGAGGAGUACCAUCGAGGAAGAAGAGUGCAUGAGGGUUGAUUUGGUAGAUGAAGUUGUGAGGGAUCAAGUCGAGGAAAACGUGGAAGCAUUCAACCGGGGAACGUUGGAAAAAUUUGCCAAUUUCACCUAUGACAAGGAGCUUCUCGAUCGAGAAGCACAAUUACACCUUGCUUCUCGAUCGAGAAGAAGAGGUGAAAUUGGCAGGGAUUUCCAACCAAGAGCUUCUCGAUCGAGAAGCAACUCCCAGUCCACUUCUCGAUCGAGAAGCUCAGGAAGGGGGAAGAUGUCGCAAGUUUCAAAGGUUGUCUUCCAUUCCGAUGAUCUUAGUGAUGCAUACACCGAAGAUGAUGAACCUAAGCCGGAGAAUUUGAGCAAGAACGAUGGUGUGACUCCUCCAUCCUCCGAGUUACCACCAAUUGUUGAAAUGAAGCCGCUUCCGGCUCAUCUCCGGUAUACUUUUGUGGGGGAGAAUGAAACCCUACCGAUAAUCAUCUCCAACAAGCUUUCUACGGAACAAGAAAAGAGGGUUGUGCAAGUGGUGAAAGGGCAUGUGUUAGCCAUGGGGUGGCAAAUCUCCGACAUUCGUGGCAUAAGUCCUCAAGUGGUGAUGCACAAGAUCCACCUUGAGGAUGAAGCCAAGCCUUGUACUCAAAGGCAAAGAAGAUUGAACCCUAAUAUGAAGGAGGUUGUGCACAAGGAAAUAGUAAAGCUUCUAGAUGCCGGGAUUAUUUAUCCGAUCUCCGAUAGUGGUUGGGUUAGUCCGGUUCAAUGUGUGCCUAAGAAGGGAGGAAUGACGGUAGUGGAGAACGAGAAAGGGGAACAAAUCUCUACACGCACGGUUACCGGGUGGAGAGUUUGUAUUGACUAUCGAAGGUUGAACGCGGAGACUCGGAAGGACCACUACCCGCUACCAUUCAUCGAUCAAAUGCUUGAAAGGGUGGCGGGUCACAAGUACUAUUGUUUUCUCGAUGGAUAUUCCGGCUACAACCAAAUCUUGAUCUUUCCGGAUGACCAAGAGAAAACAACGUUCACAUGUCCCUAUGGUACUUUUGCGUACCGACGAAUGCCCUUCGGUUUAUGCAACGCACCCGCCACAUUUCAAAGAUGCAUGACCUCGAUAUUCAAUGAUAUGGUGGAAGAUAUAAUGGAGGUAUUCAUGGACGAUUUCUCCGUUUUUGGUGACUCGUUUGAUGGUUGUUUGGCGAAUCUUGAGCGUGUUCUAGCACGGUGUGAGGAGACCAACUUGGUGCUUAAUUGGGAGAAAUGCCAUUUCAUGGUAGAAGAGGGAAUUGUGCUCGGGCAUAGAAUCUCGGAAGCGGGUAUUGAGGUAGAUAGGGCAAAGACAGAGGUUAUAGAGAAGUUGGUGGCUCCGGUGACGGUUAAAGGAGUCCGGGCAUUUUUGGGCCACGCGGGUUUCUAUCGCCGGUUCAUCAAGGAUUUCUCAUCCAUUGCGAGGCCAUUAACGAGUUUGCUAGUAAAGGAUGCCCCGUUUGAGUUCACCAAGGAGUGUCAAGAGGCUUUUGAGAAAUUGAAGGAGGCCCUUGUGACCGCUCCUAUUAUUUCAUCUCCGGAUUGGAACUUGCCUUUUGAGCUUAUGUGUGAUGCAAGCGAUCAAGCCUUGGGAUGUGUAUUGGGUCAACGGAAGGACAAGAAAGUGCAUGUGAUCUAUUAUGCAAGUCGGACAAUGGCGGGGGCCCAACUCAACUACACCACUACCGAAAAGGAAAUGUUGGCGGUAGUUUUUGCUUUGGAUAAAUUUCGGCAAUACUUGCUUGGGUCCAAGUGUAUCAUCUACACCGACCAUGCCGCUUUGAAAUACCUCUUUACCAAGCAAGAUGCCAAGCCAAGACUAAUCCGAUGGAUCCUCCUAAUGCAAGAAUUCGACAUCGAGAUUCGGGAUAAAAAGGGCACGGAGAAUGUGGUGGCGGACCAUUUGUCAAGAUUCGAGAAUCCGGAGCCAAUUCCUCUCGGUAUGGAAAUCAACGAGUGGUUUCCGGACGAAACGCUUAUGGUGAUCCGGGAAAUGGAAACUCCAUGGUAUGCCGACAUUGCUAAUUUCCUUUCAUCUAAGGUAAUGCCUCCGGAUUUGACGCACCAUCAAAGGAAGAAGUUCCUUUCCGAUGCUAAGAGGUUUCUUUGGGAUGAGCCGUAUUUGUUUAAGGAGUGUGGAGACGGAAUGUUGCGGCGUUGUGUCGACUUUGUGAGCCAUUGUGAUAGGUGCCAACGGGUUGGGAACAUUUCUAAAAGGGAUGAGAUGCCGUUAACUUCGGUGCAAGAGGUAGAGAUCUUCGAUGUUUGGGGGAUUGACUUCAUGGGUCCCUUUCCGAUGUCGCAUGGGAACUUAUAUAUUUUAGUUGGCGUAUGUUACGUAUCGAAAUGGGUGGAAGCGGAAGCUCUACCUACCAAUGACGCCAAGGUAGUUUUGAAGUUCCUCAAGAGGUUGAUGAAUCGGUUCGGCACCCCACGAGUUAUUAUUAGCGACGGUGGAUCUCAUUUUUGCAACCGGCAAUUCGAUGCAUUAAUGAAGAAGUACAAUGUGUAUCACCGGGUUGCUACCCCCUAUCAUCCGCAAACAAGUGGGCAAGUUGAGGUCUCUAACCGGGAGUUGAAGCGAAUAUUGGAGAAGACGGUGAAUGGGACUCGCAAGGAUUGGAGUUUGAAGCUUGACGAUGCAUUAUGGGCAUAUCGCACGGCAUUCAAAACGCCAUUAGGUAUGACCCCUUAUCGCAUUGUGUAUGGGAAAGCAUGUCAUCUACCUUUGGAAUUAGAGCACCGGGCCUAUUGGGCGAUUAAAAAGUUGAAUUUUGAUCUAAAAGCGGCGGGGGAAAAACGCUUGUUGCAAUUGAAUGAAUUGGAGGAAUUCCGGUUCUUGGCAUAUGAGAAUGCGAAGCUUUACAAGGAGAAGACCAAGCGGUGGCACGAUGCCCACAUUUCCCCUAAAACUUUCGAAGUUGGAACGUAUGUAUUGGUGUAUAAUUCGAGGUUGAGAUUGUUUCCGGGAAAGCUUAAGUCCCGAUGGAGUGGACCAUUUAAGAUUCGGAGUGUGGCGAAUCAUGGUGCCAUUGAGUUGGAGAAUCAAGGAGGUGAAACGUUUAAGGUCAACGGACACCGUUGCAAGCCUUACUUGGGGCCUUUAACGGAUCAAAAGGGGGAACAAUGUUAUCUCGACCCCGCCUCAGGAAUUUCUUCAAGGAGCUUCUCGAUCGAGAAGCCAUUUUUGCCCAUGCUUCUCGAUCGAGAAGAGAAGGGAAAAUUGGCAGGGAAUUCCUUCAAGGAGCUUCUCGAUCGAGAAGCUAGUUUAAAUGGUGCUUCUCGAUCGAGAAGCAUGAAGAUUCUGAAUUUGAAUUUCGAAUUUUUUGCCAAUUUUGUCUUCCCUAGGUCCAACAUUUGCACAUGGGAGUGUGAGGUGGUGCAUUCUAGGCCCUUGGAUACAUCAAACACAAAGCACAAGAAAAGGAAUCAAAACACCAUAACUUCUUCUCUCUUCAAGCAAAAAUUCGGCCACCCCCUUUCACCACCUAAACAACCACCAAACUUCAACCUAAACACAUAUUUACCCACCCUUUUGCCUAUAGUUAUCAUGGCCGGAACCUCAAGGGCAAGCAAAGGAAAGUCCGCCGCCACCGCACCCACCCCCGUUCCGAGACCUCUCCGAGGAAAGAAGAAGACCGCCUCCGGUGCAUCGGUUGUGGGACCCAACACACCGGGUUCCCUCACAAGGAAAUAUGAAGCACCUUUCGAGAUCCGCUCCGACGAGGAAGGCAAGCGUUUCCUAGAAUUGAAGAGCCAAAAAUUCGCCAUUCCCUAUCAAAUUAAUUGGGAAGAUAUGGGCCGUUUGGGGUUGAUCGAAGAAGUGGAGCAAUUCUUGGAGCCGUUGGGUGUGCUCACACUUGCUAAAGCGCCGGAGGUGGGGUAUGAGGAAUUGACUUGGGAGUUUUUCACAAGUCUUAAAUUGGAGGAAGGGUACUCAAAUUCGUUAAUCGUAAGGUUGUUUGGAGUGGAGUACGAAUUAGGGGUAUCCGCUCUAAAAAGGAAGCACGGAAUGAAGGCGGAUGGAUUGCGCACCAACCCGAGGCAAUUUGACUACAAAGGAGUGUGGAAAGAGGUAUCGGACUUGGAGGGCUAUCAAGCGAAGACGGCCAAGGUGAACGACAUCAAGGAUACCGCUCUUGUGGUGGCGGUGAAAUGGCUUGGCCAUACUUUCGGGGGGCGUCACGAGUACAACAAGGUGGGGGAAACCGAGGUUGUGAUGAUGAAUGCUAUGAUGCAUCCCGAGGUGGCCGAUUAUCGGAUUGACUCCGCCAACCGCCUCAUUACCACUUUUCUCGAUGUUCCGGAGGCGGGCACAAAGCUCGGUUUUGGAUGGUUGGUCACCCGAAUAGCAAAAGAAUUUGGUGUCCCCAACGAGAAGUUCGAAGGACUCACACCGAUACCGUCUCGCUCCAUUGAUAUCAAGCAUCUUGACAAGGCCGGGUAUGUUCACAAAGGGAAUGUUGUUCCCUAUUUCAAACGAGGCCCAUGGCUAAAGGCGCACGGGCAAGAAGCGGCGAGACAAGCGGAAUUCGGAGGUCAAGGUGGAGAAGAAGAGCAUGGCGAGGAGGGUGAUCAAGAGCUUGAUCAAGAACAACCGGCACCUAGAAGAGAAAAGGAGCCGGUAAGAAGAAGAGAGAAAGCAACGGAGGAACCGGAGGUUCAAGAAGAAGGGGCCCAAUGGGGCCAACCAUGGGCCACUAGCUCACAUGGGGGAAGUAGCUUUGAGGAUGAACAACGCCAAUUUAUGGCGGAGCAAAGGAGAAUUUGGAACGAAACUAGAUAUGAAAUGAAGCGGCUCCGUCAUAGGCAAAGAAGGGAAGCGGAAAAAUUGCAAGCAUACUUCAAUGCCCAAGGAGGGCCCCACUACCCGUCACCUACUCCAUCCCCCGAACCCCCGGCGUUCAAUUGUUUAUGUUUGAUUAUUGCCAUGACUUGCCCUACAUUGUUGCUUAACCAAAUAAUCGCAUGUCCCGUAAACGAUGGUGAUGGCUUGAGUACAUUUGCAUUUGUACAAUUUGGUAAUGGGAGUAUGAAUAUUGAUGUGUGUUCAACCUUGCCAAUGUCUCUAACAUUUUUGUCAACAAUGCCCUUAUCCCUUUUUCGUAGUAUGUUUGGUGAUCAACAGGUACAGGCUACGCCGAUGAUGUUGCAGCUAGCGGAUCACUCUCUGAAAAAGCCACAUGGGAUUGUGGAGGAUGUGCUAGUAAAGGUCAACAAAUUCAUAUUCCCUGUGGAUUUUGUUGUCCUUGACUACGCAGCGGACAAGGAGUGCCCGAUGAUAUUGGGGCGACCAUUCAUGAACACUGGCAGAGCUCUUAUCGACGUUCAUGAUGGCAAGCUGACUCUGAGAAUUGGGGAUGAAAGCGUUGAGUUUGAUAUGAGGAAGAUCACACGCCAUCCAAAUUCUGGAGGUGAAUGUAUGCGGGUAGACAUGGUGGAUGAGUUAGUAGAAGAACAACUAGCAGAAAACAAAGCCAUCAUACAGUCUAUGCUGAGUACAGAAGAAGAUGCUGAAAGGGAGGAGUACUUAGAGGAACCAGUCCUCGAACCACUGUUAAAGAACAAGCACAUCACUCCUCCCUCUUCAGAAAAGCCACCAAAAGUAGAGCUCAAGACCUUGCCUGCACAUUUACGAUAUGCUUUCUUGGGAGCCGAUGACACUUUGCCAAUUAUCAUCAGCAACAAGCUCACCAAGAAGCAAGAGCAGAGGGUCAUUGAUGUAGUCAAGGGACGUAUCUUGGCUAUUGGGUGGCAGAUUUCAGAUAUCAGAGGGAUCAGCCCUUCAGUAGUGAUGCAUCGGAUUCAUUUAGAGGAUGAGUCUAAGGCAUCUGCGCAGAGACAGAGACGGCUGAACCCUAACAUGAAAGAGGUGGUUCACAAGGAGAUUGUGAAGCUACUUGAUGCGGGCAUCAUCUAUCCCAUUUCUGAUAGUUCAUGGGUGAGCCCAAUUCAGUGUGUGCCGAAGAAAGGCGGGAUGACAGUUGUAGAGAAUGAGAAAGGGGAGCAGAUUUCUACUCGCACGGUUACUGGGUGGCGAGUGUGCAUUGACUACAGGAAGCUGAUCAAUGCCGAAACUAGGAAGGAUCACUUCCCGCUUCCUUUUAUUGAUCAGAUGCUAGAGCGAGUGGCAGGACAUGCGUUUUACUGUUUUCUGGAUGGUUACUCUGGGUACAAUCAGAUCAUUAUCUUCCCAGAGGACCAAGAGAAGACUACCUUCACUUGUCCAUAUGGCACUUUCGCCUACCGCCGCAUGCCGUUCGGUCUUUGCAAUGCGCCUGCUACAUUUCAGAGGUGCAUGACUUCGAUCUUUAAUGAUAUGAUCGAAGACAUCAUGGAAGUGUUCAUGGACGACUUUUCAGUCUUUGGAGACUCCUUCGAGUGUUGUCUUCGUAAUUUAGACCGGGUCCUGCAGAGAUGCGAGGAGACAAAUCUGGUGCUGAACUGGGAAAAAUACCACUUCAUGGUUGAGGAGGGCAUUGUUUUGGGGCACAAGAUAUCCAGAGAGGGUAUCGAGGUUGACAGGGCAAAGACAGAGGUGAUUGAGAAGCUUCCACCUCCAAUCACAGUGAAAGGAGUCCGUGCCUUCCUCGGGCACGCAGGUUUUUAUCGCAGGUUCAUCAAGGAUUUUUCUUCCAUAGCGCGUCCUUUGACUACAUUACUUGUCAAGGACGCGCCCUUUUUGUUUACUGAUGCCUGUUUAGCUUCUUUUCUCAGGUUAAAGGAAGCAUUGGUCACUGCCCCAGUCAUCUCUAGUCCGGAUUGGGAUCUGCCCUUUGAGAUCAUGUGCGAUGCAAGCGAUCAGGCGUUGGGAAGCAUUCUGGGGCAGAGGAAGGACAAGAAGCUUCAUGUCAUUUAUUAUGCGAGUCGCACUUUAACAGGAGCUCAGCUGAACUACACUACCACGGAGAAGGAAAUGCUAGCGGUAGUGUUUUCACUGGAUAAAUUUAGGCAGUAUCUACUUGGCUCAAAGGUUAUCAUUUAUACUGAUCAUGCUGCGCUACGAUACCUUUUUGCCAAGCAAGAUGCAAAGCCUAGGUUGAUUCGGUGGGUCUUGCUCCUGCAAGAGUUUGAUUUGGAGAUCAGAGACAAGAAGGGCACGGAGAAUGUAGUAGCAGACCACUUGUCACGGUUAGAGGUCCCCGAACCAGUGAUAGAAGGCGAAGUCAUCAACGAAAGGUUUCCUGAUGAGGCUCUCAUGCUCAUUAAGGAGACGAUGAAUCCAUGGUAUGCAGACUUCGCCAACUAUCUAUCAGCUGACAUUAUGCCUCCUGACAUGAGCAGUCACCAGCGCAAGAAGUUCCUCUCUGAUGUUAAGCGAUAUCUGUGGGAUGAGCCAUAUCUAUUUCGAGUGUGUGCAGAUGAGAUGAUCCGGAGAUGUGUUGCAGAGGAAGAAAUGUUGGCCAUUAUGACUCAGUGCCAUUCUUCAGAUUAUGGGGGUCACUAUGCUUCGGGUAGGACAGCAGCACGAGUCCUAGAGAGUGGUUUCUACUGGCCUACACUGCACAGGGAUGUGAGAGAUUUUGUGCAGCACUGUGACAGAUGCCAGCGCACUGGCAAUAUAUCAAGGCGGGACGAGAUGCCUCUUUCUUCUAUUCAGGAGGUUGAGAUUUUUGAUGUCUGGGGUAUAGACUUCAUGGGACCAUUCCCUGUGUCAUGUGGGAAUUUAUACAUCUUGGUGUGCGUCGACUAUGUGUCGAAAUGGGUGGAAGCAGCUGCUUUGCCCACUAAUGAUGGAAAAGUAGUCCUGAAGUUCCUGAAGAAGUUGAUCAAUAGAUUUGGUGUGCCACGGGCGAUCAUCAGUGAUGGAGGGUCACACUUUUGUAAUCAGCAAUUUUCCGCCCUGAUGAGGAAAUACCAUGUGUAUCACAGAGUGGCGACUCCAUAUCACCCUCAGACUAGUGGACAGGUUGAAGUGUCCAAUAGAGAGUUGAAGCGCAUUCUUGAAAAGACAGUGAAUAGCUCGCGCAAAGACUGGUCUCAGAAACUGGAUGAUGCGUUGUGGGCAUAUCGGACAGCAUUCAAAACGCCAACUGGUAUGUCACCUUACAAACUGGUCUAUGGGAAAGCUUGUCACUUACCUUUGGAGUUAGAGCAUCGCGCAUAUUGGGCCAUCAAAGAGUUAAAUUUUGACCCUCGACUCUCGAAGCAGAAGCGCCUCCUGCAACUGAAUGAACUUGAUGAGUUUCGACUGUCGGCAUAUGAGAAUGCCAAGUUGUACAAGGAAAAGACCAAGAAAUGGCACGAUGCUCAUAUUGUGCCUAAGCAGUUUACAGAAGGCAGUCAUGUGCUACUGUAUAACUCUCGCUUGCGUUUAUUCCCGGGCAAGCUGAAGUCGAGAUGGAGCGGACCUUUCAAGGUGCGACAUGUAGCUGAGCAUGGCGCAAUUGAGCUCGAAAAUGCGAGUGGGGAGACUUUCAAAGUCAAUGGACAGCGGUGCAAGCCGUAUUUAGGUCCUUUGACAGACAAAGGAAGAGAUUUUUAUAGUGGUUUAGUACAAAGAGCAAGUUUAGAAAUUUCAUUGCAGGUGCAGACUGGCGCACGACGUGCAGGACCUGAUGCACGUCGUGCGAUGAAGGACGCACGUCGCGAAAAUCUGGUUUCGCGACGUGCAGCCGGGAAAUUCAGAUUAAAACCUCUAGCUUCCCUCUUUUCACUCAUUUGUUCUAAAAUCAAAUCCCUACCCAGUUACCCCUCCCUCAAUCCGAAAAUCACCCAAAAAUCACCCUACCCAAAUUCACUCUCCAUAUCACAAAAUUUAACAUCAAUCACUACUUCCUAA